AUGACACGACAACUUCCCAAUAUCCUCGUGCAUCCCUUCAAGGCGUUUCGCCAGCCGCCCUGGGCAUUCCCGGCUGCAAUUCCAUCCCGAAUCGACCCGUCUUUGCUGGUUGAAGAGGAGAACUCACCCUACUACGAAGCAGCCCAUUUUUAUCCGGCGCGGAUUGGUGAAACCUUGAAUAACCGAUAUCAAAUUGCGACCAAGCUUGGUCACGGAAGCAGAUCGACUGUGUGGCUUGCAAGGGACCUUCAGCAGUUCUUUAGGUGGCGCUGGUCGAAAGAGCGAUUUGUGGCUCUUAAAAUUAACUCUAAUAACUCUCACGCGAGGAAAGCUGCUGGUGGCGUUGAGCUGGAGAUUCUGCGACAUAUAACGAGAGCGAACCGUCAACACGAGGGUUGGCAUUUCGUUCGAAAAUUGAUUGAUUCUUUUUCCGUCCAAAGGGUCUCGGGGAGCUAUCCGUGUCUCGUCUUUGAACCUUUACGUGAGUCGCUGGGAAAAUAUUCCCAACGAUGGCAAGAUAGUGUGAUGCCCCCGGAGAUUUUCAAAAUAAUUGUCCAAGAAAUACUCCAAGCCCUUGAUUAUCUCCACUCUGAAUGUCACAUCAUCCAUACCGAAGCAACAGAUUUAAAGCCGGAUAAUAUUAUGGUUGCUCGAGAUAAGUUUGAGAAACCACUACCUCAGAAGCAUUGCAAUGAUGGACGUAUCAUCUAUCUGUCUCGUAAGAACUUUGGUCCGCUGAAGGACAUCAUCGGACUAGUUGAAAUCACCGACGUUGACCUAGCAGUCCAAGGUGAUUUUCCACACGAUGGUUGUAUCCAAGCCGAGGUAUACCGGGCGCCUGAGGUGAUCCUUGACAGAGGGUACACAUAUAGUGCUGAUAUAUGGAGUCUAGGAGUUAUGGUACAUCUUGUCUCCCCAAUACUAGUGCAAACAACUAACAGCUAUAUGAAGCUAUGGGAUUUUCUCGAAGGACGGACACUGUUUGAAUCAGUUGAUCCACGCGCUGUUGAGAACUAUGAUGACGAAACGCAUCUUGCAUAUAUAACAUCGCUUUUAGGCCCUGCCCCCAAAGACUUCAUUAGCAGCGGUAAGAGAACAUCGGUGUUCUAUACGGCUACUGGAACACUCAAAACUGAAGAACUUGUUCCCAGUAACUUCAGCUUUGAAAACAGUCUCUCCAAGUUUGAUGGGGCAGAGAAAAGGAGAUUCAUUAACUUCGUCAAACGGAUGAUCAAAUGGAAACCCGAAGAGCGAAGUACAGCUAAGGAGCUACUGCAAGAUCCAUGGCUUUACAAUGAUUAUCCGCAAAUAUGA